AUGAAUGAACUCUUUGGUGCAGAGGUAGUUCGAGCUGGAUGUACAGUAUGCCUCCCAGUUCCCCGUUCACCCUCCUCAGUCGCCUUCACUAAGGGAACCAACUUCAAAGAGGCUCGUUCCAGAGUAGAAUCCCGCUCCAAUUCACAAGGCCAGGUCAACUCAGCAGUGGCUGCAAAAGAACAUUCUAGAGUUCAUCACUGCCUCGGAUUGGCACUCAGGAAGCUCUGA